AUGACGGUUCUGGAAGAUGAAGGGACAGGAAGUAAGCAGUGGCUCGAGGAAAUCAACGAUGUAUCUGAUUUGAAGACAGAAUACCCAGUUGAAUAUCAAAAAGAAGUGUCUAGAAUGAAAUCCAGGCUGUUUCAAUAUAUAGAGAAAAAUGUUUUUAUGAAGAAUUUCGCCGAAGCUUCCACACCAACAACAGUUGAUCCAAUAAUGCAGCAUAUAUUUAAUAUAAUUAUUGCAAAAAUGAAUGUGAAUGAGAAAAGAACGUUUGUGAGGGAGCUGGUGAAGCUGGUGCACGGAAUCGCGCUAUUCCAUCCAAACAAUUCGUCAAAGGUGACGAAAAUUGAAAAAUCCGUCGAUGAGUUGUUUAUCGAUGCACAUAAAAUGGGCAUAUUGCCAACAUCAAUUUGUAUCGAAGGGCUUGUAAUGUCGACAGAUUUCACGAUGAGGAGUCGAAUACGAAAAGAGAAGUGGGAUUAUAUCAAGGAGAACGUGCCGACGAUGGAUUACAAGCCGAUUCGGACACUUUUGCAUUUUAUGCUGGUCUCGCAGCUGAUUCGGAUACCGAUGCCGUUGCCCUCGUAUAAAUGCGAGCAGCUGAGAGUUGUCGAAGAUGUUCUUCUGAAAAUUCUCGAUCGCGAGGCGAAUCUGCUACCCGCGAUUUUCCCGUUCGCCGUUCUCGUCCGGAAUUGCCCAAAACAGGCCUACCUGUUUCCGCGUCUCACUGAGAAAUUGACGGAAAUUCACACCUAUUUUCGGAGCACCGCCGAGCUCACGUUCAAUUGCGGCCGAACGUACAUGUAUCCGAUACCGCAGCAUCCGUGUAUGCUGCCGACGCGUUCGACGUGGGAGAAUGAUGGAUACGGAAUGCAUUCGAACAUGAUUGUUCACCAAACUCAACAAUUAUUUCCAUAUCGAUUCGAAGUCACGUCGCCGCAAACGCAUAUGCUUUAUAUGGUGCUGCGGCAGCCAUUUGGGACCGAAUUGUUUCUCACGUACAAUAAACCGGAGACAAAAGGCCAUUGGGACAUAAUUGUCGCGAUAAUGAUAUGCGAAGCGAUGCAAGAAGCUGAUUUGCUGGAAGAUGAUGAGCCAAUUCCGAUAUACCAAUUCGAAAACAUUAAUAAUAUUAUUUACUAUGGGAUUUCGAAGAAAUUAUUGAAUCCGGUGAAUUUCAUUCAAAUGCUUCAUGGGCUCAUCGGAACGACGACGUUCUUGCGCGCCAGGGAUGAGGUGAUGUGGAUAAUGCUUCAGAUUGUCGGAUCGUUUCAUACGUCGUCGUUUGUUGAUGAAUCGCUCGAAGCCCUUUUAGAUGUUUACGCGGAACUUUUUCCGGGUCCCGUCACGUGGCGUGGAGCGUCGGACCAUCCGACGCUGAUGGCGCGCUUCCUCGCGCCCGCUUGCAUCUGGAUCAUACUCGACGGGCGCGAGAAGCUUCCGGCGCCGCCGCGCAACGUCGAAUCGCAUAAGGAGUUUGUGAUGAAGGCCGCCGAGCAGCUCGAGCCCGAUAACACGGCGAUGCUCGCCGUUCUUGCCAACUCGUAUCGAUCCGAAACGAAAGUCGGCAAAUGGGUUCAGGCGAUGUAUCAGCGCGCGUUCGAGCCGCUACGCGAUGAUCCCCCAACAGUGGCAAUCUCCUAUGGUCGAAUGAUCACGAAUCGAUUCGUCGCGUUCCCUGAAGAGUUUCUCGAUUCGCUGACGUUUCGCUGCCGAAAAUCGUUGUUGGUGUGCGCGUUGAUGCAUGUGCGCGGAUUCACGCCGGAUCGGCUGCCGAGUCCGGCGGCAUUCGACACGAUUGCCCAAAUUUGUAAAUCGAUGGACUUUGAGAUGACCGGCAAAGAAGUGUUCCAGAUGGCGAUACGCACGAUGAACGCGAUUAUGGGAUUGAACGACGCGGCGCGCGAGCAGUCGCCCAAAGAGCAAUGCUUCUUCUUGCUUGAUCUCAUCUGCUAUAGAUUGACGAAUCUACGCGAAACGAUGCGCCACAAUUACAUCGCCUCGGCGACGACGGCGCUCGGCACAUCGGCGAUCAAUCGCGAAGGCAAUCAUCAACUCUAUUUGAUCAUUGAGCAAUUCCUUUUACGGCAAUGGGUUUUCGCGCCGAAUCACGAUAUUAUCGCGUCUUGUGAAACCAAUUACAAUGAGAAACUUGGUCCGAAACCUGAGAAAAUCCCGAGACUAUCAAGCCCGCUGCCGGACCGUUCGCUUUAUUCGACGAAUUUUGUGACCGGCGAUCCGAAAGCGCAUCCAGUGGCACCGGAGAUUUAUCGAAUCAGCAUUUUUCUGAUGCUGAAAUCGCUGAAAAUCACAAAAUAUGAAGUGACGGACUGUCCGAUUUUCAUGAAUUACGUCACCGAAUUUCGAUGGCCCGAAAUCAAGCUGAGAUAUUUUCCGAAGUUCGCGCAAGACUUCGCGAUGAAACGCAAUUUGGAGCAACAAGAGGAAACGUUUGGCGAUGUGCAGGAGAUGGCGCGAUGCGCCUUCAAUAUUCACAUGGCAUCCGAUCCGCAGCAAUUUGUGAUGUCGAUCGAGCAACUGCCGAAGAAGCACGCGAUUCUCGCCGUCAUGUAUUUGUAUUUGACGGAAGUCGAGAACGCGAAAUUGACGAAUGCGAUGGAAUUUUAUGAAGUGAUGGCGAAAAAAACGCCUCGAGACCUCAUCAUUGCCAUCAAUUUUCUCACCGAAUUCCUUAUACGCGAAGCGACGAAUCGAGAAGAUCAAGAAGACGUCGUGAAAAAGAUUGGCGAGGUUUUGAUGCAAUUUGUGAAGCAUCAUUUUCUUCGAAUCGAUCAGAUCCUCAUGUCGUUGGCAUUGUACCCGGAUAAUGAUGAGCAAUUGCACAUUGGCUUCUUAAUUAUGCAGGAGUUUCUGCUGCUGCCCGAAAUCGCGGAUCGCUUCAAAUGGUAUGCGCAGAAUGUGAGCAAGGAGACGCCCGAGACCUACAUUAAUAGUAUUGUGCAAUUCCAUCAGCUUUUCCCCGAACUCGAGCUCACUGAAGCAAUGCCUGGUGCGCCGGAAGAGCCGAUACCGUAUUUGCACCUGCCUUCCUAUUAUGGAAGCGUCAUGGAGAGAUUGAUGCCGCUUCUCGACUUUAUCAUUCCGACGGCUCUCGAGAAUUACAACACAAAAAAUAUUGAUACGAACACCGAUUUGAAGGAAUUCGCGCCACUUUUGCCAUUGUUGACGCCGCUUUUCAAAUUUCAUCCGUGCCCCAUUCAAUUUUUGUACACGACGCUGUUCCUCAUGUUUGAUCAUCUCAAGAAGCCGCUGGAUCGGAUUUUUGUGAAGUUGAUGAACGAGCAUGUUGGCGACAUCCAUUUGACGGUGGAAUUUGAGAAAUACAAUCACCAAUCGGGCAAUCUCGAGCUCAUCGUGACCGAAUUGAUCGCAAGAAUCUGCAAAUCGCUCGAAUUCGUCAUCAUACCGCCACCGUUCGUCUCGCCGUGCUUCAAAAGUGCCGAGUUGACGCCGGCGGCGCAGACGAUUCAUUUGACGUGCAUUGAGAUAAUGGCGAGCCCUCAUUCGCCGAAGAUGAUCGUAAAAGCGUUCAUCAAUUAUUUGGUCGAUUUCCAACAACCGCAUCCCUACAACGUCGUGAAUUUGACCGCCCAUUUGCUGACGGCGCUUCCGGACGUUUUUGUGCAUUGUAUGCAGGACGAGAUGCUCGAAAUGAUUGUCGAGAAUGAGACGUCGAAAAUCUUGUUCGAGGACAUCGUGUUCGACACAUUCGAGGAGACCAAAAUACUCAUGAUGGCGUCGAGGCCGAUGGUUGUCAAUGUCAUUUUGCAGGCAUAUUGGACGCACGCGCAUUUGAAUGUCGUCGAAGAUUUUGUGAACAAUGAGAUGGUGACGCUCCUCGACGCCGUCAAAACCGAGAAGGACCUCUGGUACGUGCUCCGUCUGAUUGUGCCGCUCAUUCGGAAGGUGCUCGAUCAGCAGAAGGAGAAGUUCAAGAACGACAAGAAGCAGCACGAAGAGCCGUUCAAUUCGGCGUCAAGUCUCAAGAUCAACGAGGAGCGCGCCUUUAAACAGCCGCUUUUCAUCGUGAAAAAAAUUCUGGAGCGCGUCGGAAUCUUGUCGGAAAAUGGUGUCGUUUUUAAACGAGAGCAUCAAAUUUGCGAUUUGUUCUAUAGUUUCAAGUACGCGUUUGUUGGCGAUUUUCUCAAAGAAGCCUCGUCCGAUUUUGCCAAAUUCUCGCCAUCAAUGAGAGAAUAUAUGAAGUUUUUUGUUCAAACCGAGCCGAAUGCGAAAAUGGGAAUGCACGCGGGAAUGCAUCAUCUUGGCGGAAUGCCGCCGCCACCGCCGACGUCGCAAAUGAUGCAUCAUAUGGGGAUGAUGGCGCCGACGGCGACGCCGACCGCCCAACAACAACAACAGCAGCAGCAGCAGCAGCAGCAGAUGAAUCCGUAUAUGAUGCAGCAUCAUCAAAUGCAAUCCCAUUAUGGAAUGCCGCCGCAUAUGUGA